AAUAAAAAAGAGAGAAAAAACCCAAAACCAAAAGACCUCUCUUUUCCUUUUCUGUUUCUUUCUCUCUCUCUUUUAAACUCGGGUUUGAAGUUAAAAGACACAAAGGUUGUUUUUUUUGUUAAAGAGACAUUCUGGGUUUCUGCUCCAGUUCUCAUAUUUGUGUUUCAAAGGAAAGAAGAGAAAUUUCCAUGUGCAGUGGUUCAAAAAGGAAACCAACUCAAACUGGUUUUGUGAUGGAGGGGGAGUCUCAUAAAGAAGAUAUGCUUCCUCAAAAGUUCUCUGUUUUGCUCGAGUUCUCGGCUUCAAAUGAUCUGAUUGGCUUUAAAAGUGCUAUUGAGGAAGAGGGUCAUGAUAUCGAUGAGCCAAGCCUGUGGUAUGGAAGGAGAAUAGGUUUAAAGAAGAUGGGGUUUGAAGAAAGAACACCCCUUUUAAUUGCUUCCAUGUUCGGCAGCAAGGAUGUAGUCAAUUAUAUUAUUGGAAGUGGCCGUGUGGAUGUUAACAGGGCUUGUGGUUCAGAUGGGUCCACGGCUCUCCACUGUGCUGCUGCUGGUGGCUCCUUUGAUUCAGCUGAGGUUGUCAAGAUCUUGCUUGAUGCCUCUGCUGAUAUCAAUUCUGUUGACGCUAAUGGAAACCGGCCUGGUGAUUUGAUUACACCAGCUUGUAAUUCAGCUUUCUGCUUGAGGAAGAAGAUGUUGGAAGCUUUGUUGAGAGGAAGUGGUAGUGUUGGUGAAAUGGAGGCUUUGCCUGCUCAAAAAGGAAAUGAAAUGGAAGGGCAAGAGCAGCAAGAUAACUCAAUAGCCCGGGUUUUGAAAGAUGGAACUGAGAAGAAAGAGUAUCCUGUUGAUCUUACUCUUCCAGACAUUAAGAAUGGGAUAUAUGGGACAGAUGAGUUUAGGAUGUAUACUUUCAAGGUCAAGCCUUGCUCAAGGGCUUACUCUCAUGACUGGACUGAGUGCCCCUUUGUUCAUCCUGGGGAGAAUGCAAGGAGGCGUGACCCUAGAAAAUACCAUUAUAGCUGUGUCCCUUGCCCUGAAUUUCGUAAGGGAUCAUGCAGGCAGGGUGAUAACUGUGAGUAUGCACAUGGUAUAUUUGAGUGCUGGCUUCAUCCUGCCCAGUAUCGAACUCGUCUAUGCAAGGACGAGACUAAUUGCAGCAGGAGGGUCUGUUUCUUUGCUCACAAGCCAGAGGAGCUUCGUCCCUUGUAUGCUUCAACAGGUUCGGCAGUGCCUUCCCCAAGAUCAUAUGCAGCUAAUGGUUCCUCGCUGGACAUGGGUUCAAUGAGCCCACUUGCUCUUGGCUCUCCAUCUGUUAUGAUACCUCCAACAUCAACACCACCCUUGACUCCUACCGGUACCUCUUCUCCUAUGGGUGGAGCGAUGUGGCCAAACCAGUUAAGCAUCGUACCUCCUACCUUGCAGCUUCCUGGUAGUAGGUUAAAAACUGCACUAAGUGCUAGGGAUAUGGAUUUAGACAUGGAACUACUUGGGCUGGAAAGCCAUCGUCGCCGCCAGCAGCAGCAGCUAAUUGAUGAGAUAUCUGGUCUUUCCUCCCCAACCAGUUGGAACAAUCCCUUGUCUUCUGCCUCAGCUUUUUCUGCCACUGGUGAUCGAACUGGGGAAUUAAAUAGGUUUGGAGGGGUGAAGCCCACUAACCUUGAAGAUAUUUUUGGAUCUCUUGAUACUACUAUUUUGCCGCAAUUACAAGGAAUCUCACUCGAUGGCACAGCUCCUCAGCUGCAGUCUCCCACUGGAGUUCAGAUGCGCCAGAAUAUUAACCAGCAGCUUCGUGCUAGCUACCCAACCAACCUAGCAUCCUCUCCUGUGAGGGCAUCUCCAUCCUUUGGGAUUGAUGCAUCAUCUGGGCCCACUGCAGCAGCAGUUUUAAGUUCAAGGUCAGCUGCCUUUGCAAAGCGGAGCCAGAGCUUUAUUGAGCGUACUGCUGUAAAUCGUCAUGCAGGGUUUUCUUCACCAACUUCUUCAGCAAGUGCAAUGCCUUCUAACCUGUCAGAUUGGGGUUCCCCUGAUGGCAAAUUAGACUGGGGUAUACAGGGAGAAGAGCUAAGUAAACUAAGAAAAUCUGCUUCUUUUGGGUUCCGAAGCAGUGGGAGCAAUUUGGCAAAUGCAGCACCCUCAAUGUUGCCAACUGCUGAUGAGCCAGAUGUGUCUUGGGUCCAGUCUCUGGUGAAGGACACCCCUUCUGCUGGGCAAUUUGGUUUUGACGAGGAGCAGCAGCAGUGUCAUCUUAACUCCGGGGGUGCGGAGAUGCUCCCUGCCUGGGUGGAGCAAUUGUACAUGGAGCAGGAGCAGAUGGUGGCCUAAAAGCAAAGCUAGCCCCACCAUUAGCUUCUCAGUUAACCUUUAACUAGUUCUUGUUUUCGGCCAUUUUUUGAAUUUUUAUCAAUAUUCGUCAUUUGUAAUUGGAAUGAAAUGGGGAAGGGGAAAAUUGAUUGCCCCCUUAGGAGAACACAAGGUGAGCAGAAGGAAAGAUUUCUGCUAACACUGCUCUUAGGUCUGAAGAAUAAUAUCUUUUAUUCUUUUUAGUCUCUAAAUUUGGUUCUUGUCUUGGAUGAGAGUUCCGUAUACAUCCAAGUAGAAACAUGAUUUGCGGUGAGGGUAGCAAGGCGGAUGUUCAACUAGUCAAUUUCCAGAGAUACAUUCAUUUCAAUUAGCAAAUGGAAGCAGCUGUACUAAUUUUUUGGUUUAUUUUCAAUUGGUGGGGGUUGUACACAUUUUAUGUACCAGAAACUAUCGCAUUUAUUUAAUUAAUAUAUAUAUUUUUUCAGUGAAAA